AUGCCGGCAGCCCUCAACUCCCAGCCGGGCUCUCCGGAGUCUACGCCUGUGAACGGCCUCAGCAAUGGCAAUGGCUAUACCAAUGGCAACGGUCAUGCUAAUGACAAUGGUUACAUCAAUGGCAACGGUCAUAUAAACGGCAAUGGUCGUACCAAUGGCAACGGGAUUGCUCCAGGGCAGGAUAAGGAGAAGAAGCUGAACAUUCUGUACAUCAUGGCAGAUCAGCUCGCUGCUCCUGUGAUGAAGAUUUACAACCAGGAUUCCGUUGUCAAGACGCCCAACAUCGACGCCCUGGCCGCCAAAUCUGUUCAGUUUGACUCAGCAUACUGCCCGUCCCCGCUCUGCGGCCCUUCGCGGAUGAGCAUGAUCACGGGUCAACUGCCCAUGAAGAUCGGAGCAUAUGACAACGCGGCCCAGAUCUUGAGCGACACCCCUACCUACGCCCACUACCUCCGUCGCGAGGGCUACCAGACGGUUUUGGCUGGAAAGAUGCACUUCGUGAUGGACCAGAAGCACGGGUACGAGAAGCGUCUCACCACUGACAUUUACCCCGGCGACUUUGGCUGGGCGGCCGACUGGGACGCGAAUAUCGAGGAUCACGAACAAAGGCUGGAGUGGUACCACAAUGCGAGCUCGAUUGAACAGGCUGGUGUUUGUGUUCGCAGCAACCAGCUUGAUUACGACGAGGAGGUCAUGUAUAAGUCGACGCAGUUCCUGCAUGACCACGCUCGCGGCGCAAAAGAUCAGCGCCCGUUCUGCUUGACGGUCUCCCUUACUCACCCCCACGAUCCCUACACCAUCGAAGAGGAGUAUUGGGAUCAGUACGAGGAUGUCGAAAUCGAUCUCCCCAAAGUUCCCAGGAUUCCGAACGAGGAGCAGGACCCCCACAGCAAGAGACUGCUCAAGGUCUGCGACUUGUGGGACAAGAACUUCACGGAUGACCAGAUCAAGCGUGCGCGCAGGGCUUACUAUGGCGCUGUCACCUAUGUUGAUGACUGUGUUGGCAAGCUACUCAAGGUCUUGGAAAAGUGCAGGCUUGCCGACGACACCAUUAUUGUCUUCAGUGGUGAUCACGGAGACAUGCUUGGUGAGCGUGGACUAUGGUACAAGAUGAGCUACUUCGAGUCAUCUGUUCGCGUCCCUCUUCUGAUUUCUUACCCCAAGAAGUACGCACCUCAUCGCGUGACCCAGAACGUGUCCACGCUGGACAUCCUGCCGACCAUGGUCGACCUGAUCGGCAAAGAGUUGCAUCCCGGUCUGCCGAUGGACGGCAAGUCCCUUCUUCCGUUCCUGGAGGGACGCGACUCGGAAGGCCACGAUACCGUCAUCGCCGAGUACACGGGCGAGGGCACCGUCAGCCCCAUGAUGAUGAUCAAGCGCGCCAACUGGAAGUUCGUCAUCUGCCCCGCGGACGGCGUCCAGCUGUACGAUCUGGAAAACGAUCCUCUCGAAGUCAGGGACCUGGCCCCGAUUCUCUCGGGCCUGAAGGCCGAGCCGCUUGCGCUUGAGGUCGAGUAUAAAAACAAAGCGGAAGCCUUGUUGGCGACAUUCGAGGCCGAGGCGCGAGAACGUUGGGACUUUGAAAGUAUCACGGAGCAAGUCAAGCUCUCGCAGAGGAAACGCCGGUUUGUCUUCAGCGCCUUCACGGCGGAUGGCACGGAGCGUGAGAAGUGGGAUUUCAACCCCGUUGAUGAUGGCCGGGAGAAGUACAUCCGCUCGCACAUGCCCCUCGACGAGCUGGAGCGUAUGGCUCGCUUCCCGCCUGUUGACCGCUAUGGCAACGAGCUGCCCAAGGGGGCGCCCAUCAAAGUCCAUCAAGCUGGUUCCCACGGGGAGUAA